AUGCGGGCACCAGAUAAGCUCGUCAUAUUCACGCCGCAUUCGCUUGUACAAGAUAAGCGUCUGAAUGGAGUCCGCUCUGACGAUCGACUCAAACACUUUGUCGACCUACUGGCCUCUCGAGCUCAAACGGACCUGCAUGUGCCCUGCACUGUAAUAAAGGCCACAGAAGAAGAGGAACGCCACAAAUCCUUCGAAAAUCUUCAAAAGUUCCUGGCCGGUGCCAAUGCGGCUAUUCUAGUGCUCUCCGGAGACCAGGCACACAUCCUGGAUAGCCUCUAUCCUCUAAUGCUUGUUUUUCUGACAGUCAAUCCACAAUGGAGAAAGCAGAUGCUUAUUGUCUUCCUGGGUGACCCCAUAAGGAUGGAGAAAUUUGAGCCUUCUAUCUUAACAACUGAACCAAUAAUAUUUCAGCGGAUCUCUACUAACGACUGGGCCGAAGACAAGCAAAAAUGGACAGAAUUAAUGAAGAAUAUAAGCGGUGAGCGUCUUCUUUGCUUAUUUGGACUGUCUGCUAUUCUUCUGUGA